AGACGUGAAAUACGUGAUGGAGAAUGAGACGAAGCGCGUCAAUGUGUACGCGCGAGAUCUACGAGCGGGAUCGUUAUCGAUGUCCGAGCCGGCCGAUUGGAUGACGCGUAUUCGAGCGAGUAUAUUUUCGUGAUGAUGAGCAUCGGUGAAGAGUUAUGCGCGAAUACGCAGAGAUCAAACAGCGGACGCAAACAAAUUGGAAUGUUCUUGGCCGCACGCGCGCGGACUUUCGUCGACACUCUCGCGAGCAUCAAUCAUCAAUCAGCGUAUAUUGGCCUCAGGACGACGAAUUCGCUGUGACGCGCAUGUCGACCGCACUCACGAGAUCAAAAUUAAUGCUAUCCCAGGCGUAUUACGAACACUUUGCGAGCUCCCCAAUACAGUGUUCUCCCUUGACACGACGCGAUCAAUCAAGCCGCAAGUGGAAGAAUAAAUGUCCGAAUGUAAUUCAAAUUGCUUCCGAACUGGGUUCUUUCUUCAGUUUUCUCGCAAAACGAUAUAUCCAGCACGCUCGCGUUUUUAGCUUCAUUUAAAAGCGCGCGAAGGCCAUCCCGCAGCUAUCGGGUGAUCGGCGCUCACCCUCUGCCAACUUUGUACGAAAUUAACCCAUCCUCGAAUGCGUGAAAUAAGACAUGAAGGUGAUCGACGGUUCGGAGAAACCGAACGGGCCUCUUUCGCCGGUGGAUUAUCAUCGCAGAACGCAUGCGUGAUAGAUCCAUCUUUCGUCCGAGGCGGAUAAACCGCGCUCGCUGAGCUAACUCAGCUAACGUGUGCCUCUUUGUCGUGCGUUUGUUGCGCCUCAGUUUCCCGUUCCGCUUCUGGCUAGGAGGACGCGCGAUAAGGAGAUCGCGGAAGUGAGCGCAAAAGUGUUCUGCGAGGAAGAACGAUCGUAUCUUUUUCGUGAGAUAAAAUUCCCGCUCCCCAGAGAAUCGGGAAGAUCUUGCUCCUCCUGCUCUCUACCGAUAUUUAUAAAUCAUCGUGGAGAACACCGAUCUGAAUUUUACGAAGACUGUUUUCAUAACUAUUUUUUGCGAUUCAUUUCGCAGGUGUCUAAUCGCGAUUAAUAUUGGGGUUUCCCAGAAGAUCCCUGAAAUAAUAGGGAGACCUGGUUUUCUUCCUGAAGAAAAUUUUUACUGAGAAGAAAGCCGCUCUUUUUUUUUGCCAUCAAUAUAUUUAUAGUUGAUCGAAGAUACCCUGAGGUGGUUAUCUGUCCUAUUUCCGCGAGGUUAUAAAUAAUCAAGAGAUUAUCCUGUCUGCAAGAUUACUCACUUCCGUUUUGAAACAAAUCUUUAAAUAUCUUAUACGAAUCU